CUGUGGUGAUUUUGGGACGCAAGUUUUGAUUGGGUUGCAAUUGUUUUAUUAUUAUUCAAGCGUCAAUUAGACGCAAUGAUUGGAAAAGUGAUAUUCCUAGCUCUCCUGGCUCUAGCCCAGGCGAUGCCGUGGGAUGAUGUUAUGCCAGAGAACGCAGACGUACAAGCAAACAGUGAAGAGGAAACUCUUCUCACGGACAGACGUGUUCCAGACGAGCGAUGUCCUGAGGACCAGACUCAUUUCCUCAUCCCUCACGAUUAUGAUUGUACCAAGUUUUACUACUGCGAGUACGGUCUAAGAUGGAUACAGCCAAGAGACUGCGCUUUGGGAACUGAAUUUUCUGCAGAGAUACAAGUGUGUAUCCAUCCGGUGUUGGCGAAUUGCACACUGCCAGGAUCACCUACUCCUCCACCAGAGACAACCCCAUCUACCACAACGACCACGCCAACUACAACAACCACAACGACACCAGCUCCAACGACUACUACAACCACUACACCUGCUCCGACCACAACUACUACAACUACAACAACACCAGCACCGACAACAACAACAACAACUACAACCACAACAACUCCUGCUCCAACAACAACUACAACCACAACAACUCCGGCUCCAACAACAACUACGACCACAACAACUCCGGCUCCAACAACUACAACAACCACCACACCAGCACCUACAACAACUACGACAACCACACCUGCUCCAACAACAACCACAACAACUACAACAACACCAGCCCCUACAACAACAACUUCGACAACCACAACAACACCAGCCCCUACAACAACAACUCAAGCACCCACAACAACAACAUUAGCACCAACAACUCCACCAUCAUGUGUUACUAAUGAAACAUUACCAAAUGGUUGUCCUGCAGACUUCAGUAUUCACAAAUUAUUACCACAUGAAACAAACUGCUCUCAGUUCUACUACUGUGUUCGAGGAGAAUUAGAACUGAGGGAGUGCUCCACUGGACUACACUUCAAUCCAGUAUUAGAGGUUUGUGACUAUCCAGAAAAUGCUGGCUGUGAAAGUAACGAUGGAGGUGGUGAUAGUAACAAUGAUAAAUGCAAAGAUGGCUGCAACGUGUUACCGUGGCCGCAUGAAACCGAUUGCGACAAAUUCUGGAGAUGUGACGGCGAAAAAGCAAUCUUGGCUAUAUGUUCCGAAGGUCUACAUUUCAAUGCAAACACUCAGACUUGUGACUUCAUUUGUUACGCGAACUGUGAAAGGAAAGAGAUUCAGGCGACAUCUCACGGCGCUGGUUUGAAACUCUUCAUUCCUUGGCACAGAGUAGACCACAAUUGGGUGGGACAAUACAUUGGCGAACUAAUGCAGUGCAUCGAAGAUCUCUUGCAGAAUCGACUGGAAUAUAAUUGCAUCGCGAAAGAGCGUCAAUUCGACGCAAUGAUUGGUAGAAUAUUUCUAUUGGCCCUUUUGGCGUUAGGUCAUGGGAUGCCACGAGAUGCUCCAGAGACUCAAGAUAUUAUAGUAGACGAGGAGGUAUUCCAGGAAGAGAGGAGGGUAGUUCCCGACGAACGGUGCCCUGCGAAUGAGACCCAUUACCUUUUACCACAUGAUUAUGAUUGCACAAAGUUUUACUAUUGUGAAUACGGACUAAGAUGGAUUGCACCAAGAGACUGCGCCUUAGGCACUGAAUUUUCUGCUGGAUUACAAGUUUGCAUUCAUCCAACAUUGGCGAAUUGUACACUUCCUGGAUCUCCUACACCGCCAGAUGAUUCAGCCACUACAACACCAAUAUGUCCUCCUGCAAGCACAACUACCACUUCGACAACAACUACUUCAACGAUAUGUCCACCAACAACCACAACCACAACAACUCCUUCAACAACAACAACUACUACACCAUUAACAACAACAACCACAACGCCAUCAACAACAACAACUCCAUCAACAACUACAACAGCUCCUACAACAAUAUGCCCACCAGGUACUACUACAACACCUUCAACUAUAUGUCCACCAGCAACAACCACUUCACCCACAACAACGACAACAACAACUACCCCACAACCACCUUGUGGUGAUCAAGGGACACUACCAAACGGUUGCCCCGCUGACUUCACAAUACACCAGUUGUUGCCGCACGAAAAUAACUGCUCCAAGUUUUAUUAUUGCUUGAGAGGAGAACUUCUAGAGCGGGAAUGUACGGCAGGAACACAUUUCAAUGCGCAGUUACAGGUUUGCGAUUUGCCGAGAAACGCUGGUUGUGACCCUAACGCUGGAGGAGGAUGCGAUUGCGGCGAUGGCGAAAAUGGUGGAGGUGGAGAUGGGGGCGGAGGUGGAGGUGAAGGAGAUGGAGGUGACAAUGGAGGUGGAGAUGGAGGAGAUGGUGAGGAUGGAGAAGGUGAUGGUGAUUUAGACGAAGUUGAACUCCUGCCUAACGGUUGCCCCGCUGACUUCUCCAUCCACAAACUGCUGCCUCAUGAAUGCGACUGUACGAAAUUCUUCUAUUGCGUUCGUGGUGAGAAGGUGGAACACUCCUGUCCAUCUGGAUUGCACUUCACUAGUACUUGGUGA